CGGUGGUAGUAUCAGUCGGGACGUGGAGUUCGUCCGGUGAACACGCACACAUACACGCUCCUCGAGUGACCUUUCCUGCUUCGUCUUUACUAAGCGCUGCCCUGCUGCGUAAAUCGCUGAUGUUCACAAUUUGAACUUCACUAGCCUACGUGGAACUUCAGUAAGAAAUUCGGGGAACUUCACUAAGGAAAAUUGAUUAGGAACUUCAUUAAAAAAAUCCAGUGGACUUCACUAAAAGGAAAAAAAUACUUGGAACUUCACUAAGAAAAUCCUGGGAACUUCACUAAGAAAAUCCGGGGAACUUCACUAAGAAAAUCCUGGGAACUUCACUAAGAAAAUCCUGGGAACUUCACUAAGAAAAUCCGGGGAACUUUACUAAGAAAAUCCGGGGAACUUCACUAAGAAAAUCCGGGGAACUUCACUAAGAAAAUCCUGGGAACUUCACUAAGAAAAUCCUGGGAACUUCACUAAGAAAAUCCUGGGAACUUCACUAAGAAAAUCCGGGGAACUUCACUAAGAAAAUCCUGGGAACUUCACUAAGAAAAUCCUGGGAACUUCACUAAGAAAAUCUUGGGAACUUCACUAAGAAAAUCCUGGGAACUUCACUAAGAAAAUCCUGGGAACUUCACUAAGAAAAUCCUGGGAACUUCACUAAGAAAAUCCUGGGAACUUCACUAAGAAAAUCCUGGGAACUCCACUAAGAAAAUCCUGGGAACUUCACUAAGAAAAUCCUGGGAACUUCACUAAGAAAAUCCUGGGAACUUCACUAAGAAAAUCCUGGGAACUUCACUAAGAAAAUCCUGGGAACUCCACUAAGAAAAUCCUGGGAACUUCACUAAGAAAAUCCUGGGAACUUCACUAAGCAACCCGGGGAACUUCACUAAGCAACCCGGGGAACUUCACUAUAUUUAAACAAGAUGGCACAGAGACCAGUGAGCGAGGCACUGGGAGAAGAGAAGCCUAAAUUCGCCGAACUUAACAACUUGAUAUCAGAAAAGGUGGGAGGCGCAGUGGUGUUCGCUACUGAUGACUGGUUUGCUGUCGCCGACAAUCUGGUCAAGGAGAGUGAGGCAGAGUGGCGAGAGGGAGAAUUCACCGAGUUUGGAAAAUGGAUGGACGGCUGGGAGACUCGAAGGAAACGGAAGCCAGGACACGACUGGUGUAUUAUAAGGCUGGGCGUGGCGGGUGUUGUGGCUGGCAUAGAUGUGGACACUUCCUACUUCACUGGGAAUUACGUCCCUCAGGUCUCCUUGCAGGGAGUCGUCCUUACACCCAAAGAAGAGGCCCUGAUCCCCAAGAGGCAGAGUGUGAUGGGGAAUGAAGCGAGUGACCACGACCUUUGCCAGGUGGCUAAACUCCGCUCAGAGGAGUGGGACACCAUCAUCCCACAGUCAAAGGCACGACCUGGUUAUCGUGAUACCUGCCACACCUAUCUUCGGUCUACCUCCACCCACCGCUACACCCAUCUCAGGCUCAAUGUCUACCCGGACGGAGGCAUUGCCAGACUCAGAGUGUUUGGCUAUGCUGUGCCAGACUGGUCUCUCGUCUCUUCUGAUCAGCUGGUGGACCUGGCUGCUGUCGGCAUGGGGGGCGUGUGUGUGGGCUACAGCGAUGCCCAUUAUGGCCACCCACGCAACCUCAUCAGUCCUGGUCGAGGUUCUACUAUGGCUGAUGGAUGGGAGACUGCACGAAGGCUAGACCGACCUCUUAUCCUCAAAGCCGACAGCCAAGGGAUCCUUCAGUUUAAUGGGUUUGAGUGGACGGUAAUUCGCUUGGGGCACCCCGGCAAGAUCCUACAGAUUGAGGUUGACACUCACCACUUCAAGGGUAACUUCCCAGACUCUUGCAAGAUUGAGGGCUGUCUCCUGCUGGAUGAACAGAACCCAGAGGGCAGCAUGUGGAGCACUAUAUUGCCCCCACAGAAGUUGAAAGCGCAUUCCCGGCAUUUCUACGAAGCAGAGGUGCUGAAGGUGGGGCCAGUUUCCUACAUCAGGAUUGUCAUUGUUCCUGAUGGAGGCCUCAGUAGAGUAAGACUCUUCGGCAGCAUCAUCAAACCAGCAGCCACGAAGUAGUUGCAAGAAUGAAGAACACUUACAGAAUACCAUUAUAGUGUAUAAUGCUGUACUGUAUUCUUUUUUGUUGUUUCCACUCACCAGCAUCCGACUUAUUAGUAAACCCACAAUAUUCAUCAUGUAUGCAAGUCUAGUCUCCAAGCUUUGGCAUUUUCAUUCAAGAUCUGUAUCUCCUUUAGCAGUCAAUUUAUCUGUUGUUCCCAUCUUUUCUUGAGAUCCCCUGAAGUCUUCAGACUGAGGAUUAUUUCGAUUACUCUUAAAAAUUUAGUAUUAUAGGUCAAAACAUGCUGAAGCCAUCAUCUGGAGGAAUUAAGUGUCCCAUCAUAAGAAAUAGCAUAUUGUUCUCUACUUUUGUCAUAGUUUGAGAUCAGUUUAAUUUUGUUUCUUUAUUUGUCACCCAGUCAAUAAAACAGGAUUGUGGUCCCGGCUUAAGGUUGGGUUUGAGAAUACAUACUACGCAUAUCUCAGGAGAGCAUUUAUCAUCAAUACAUUUAUACUUAAAAUGUAAGCAUUAUAUUAUGUAUCCUGUAGUUAAUUUUCUGUGAAACACUGUUAUACAUAUCUUAAGAUAUACAUUGUAAACCAUGGUAUUUUUCCUUUCAAAAACUGUAAAGUUGCUUCAACUGAAUAUCCCUCUUCUUCUUUCUUCUUAUCUACAGUAUGUAUGUAUGUGUGUAUAACGACAAACUAACAAAAAUUGUAUGCUUUAUGUUUCUGCAUAUCAAAUAUAUAUUAAACCAUUAAAA